AUGAGCCAUUUGCAGGGGCAACAACCAGCCACUGGACCGGGCCAGGACAGCCGCCAUCCCCCUGAGGAGAGGGGAAGGCUGACUCCCGCUCGGGGCCCUCCCACACAGCGCCUUCCCGUGCGCCCACCGCGCCUGCGCACCCACCUCGGCCGCCAUCGCCACGCCGGGGCAGCUGCCGAGAGGCACAGAGGCUGCAGGGCCAUGGGCAGGUGCAGGGAUGAGGUCUGUGAGGGCCACUUCUCCGUGCAAGAGACAACAGCAGUGUCUACAGUUACUUUACAGGAUCAUAUAAUACACAGUCAUCAGCUCCAGUAUCUUUCAUUAGCAGAUUCUUUUAAGUCAAGGACAAGGAAUACCAUUUACAAAACCGUGAAUGAAAAAGUGGUCAGAGCAGUAGUAGAUACUGGAGUAAGAAAAAAGUGCUCACCACAAAAACAAGGAAGAUACAGAAAGGAGUAUGUUCUUGAUCCCAGUCCUCCACAGCUAACAUUAACUCAGAAAUUAGGCCUCGUUGAGCCUCCUUCCCUGCCACUACCUGCUGAAGAAUGGAUAAAAAUAAAGCAAAGAUCCAUACAGCAUGGAGACACCAUCCAGCCUUGUGCAAUACACAGGGAAGAAUUUGCACUUUAACCUCAUGUGCUGCUUUCAUGUUCUCAUGUAUUCCGUAAAGCAUGCCUGAAAGCUUUUGAAAAAUUUACAGGUAAAAAGUCUUGUCCUAUGUGUAGAAAAGAGCAGUAUCAGACCAGAGUAAUACAUGAUGGGGCACGUUUGUUUAAAAUACAGUGUGCUAUUAGAAUUCAAGCUUACUGGAGGGCAUAUAUUGUUAGAAAAUGGUAUAAAAACUCCAGAAAAUCAGUGCCUCCUAAAGAUAGCAAAUUAAGAAAACAAUUCUUUGAGAAAAAGGUUCAACAAAUCAGCAACUGACUGUUGAGUUCUUAUGACAUCAACCUAGAUGGAUUUUUUUCUGAAAUAGAUUCUUCUGUAGCCACAAGUCAAGAUGUGUUUCAGCAAUUGACAGGAAAAGAAGUAUUAUUAAGUGAAACUGACUGGGAGAAGAUCCAGAUGCAGGCAGUUCAGCAAGAGAUAUUUGACUGUCCUAUCUGUGUCAUGCCACUCAGUCCAACAAUUCAUCCUGGUCAUCUCUCUCCUGGUAACAGCAAUCAGUUUUCACAACAGACUGUUCUGCUUUCUCGUUCAUAGUUGUUUCAUCAUACCUGUCUUCAAGCAUUUGCAGAGUUUUCCUUGGGAGAGUGACAUAUUAGUCCUCUAUGUCACUCAUAUUAUCAAAAGAAAUUCCUCAGAUUUGGUACAUAUAGCUCAUAAUGAACUACCUCGUAGAUCAUAGCUGACGACACAUGCACUUCUAACUCCAGAGCCUUUUCAGAGCCAGAUCUUCCAAGAACAAAUGAUUUUGUAUGGACAAUGGUACUCACCUUGUAUUUAGAGAAAGAAAAGUUAGAAGGAUGAUGUUGCUUCCCUUUCAUACUCGGUUUCACCAUUAGUCUUCCAGCAUUUUCAUUCUUCCUCCCUCUGUCACUCCCACCUUCCUCCAUUUUCAUUUCCCUUUCCCAAAAUAAGCCACAGUUGUUUCAGGCUUUGUGUUCAUUCAAGCAAUAUCCUGGUAUUAUCCCUCACCUGUUUUUUUUACACCUGAUUUGCUGCAGCACAGGUUCCCA